AUGGACGUUCUGGCACGCGUUCCGCCCUCGUUGCGUACUCUCCUGGAGGAUAAUAUGCCUCCUGAGGUGGUGGAGUACGCCCCAUACAUCGGAGUCGCGUUCGCCUCCCUUGUCGCCGUGUACGUGGGGUACCUCUACACCCAGAGCUGGAAAGAGGCAGCGGUCGUGUUCAAUGUUCCUAUUCCAUCGGAAGUGCGCAAUAGCGCGUCUAUCAAGUCAUGGGAUGAGGCUCAGGGGAAGCAGAAGAUAGUGUUGGAGGACCAAGCUCGUGGAGUGAGUUGA